GCAGCAGCAUGUUAUUACGCUGUAUUUAUUGUAUGCGGUUUCAUCGAGGCUCGGUUGGGAGGCUGCCAAGCCCUGUAUGGAAGACAAAUAUUUUCUUGCUUUCUGGCCCUAAUAUUGAUGUUCUCCCUUCUCCCUCGGAUGUACAAAGACUGAAGAACCAUGGAUUAGGCAACCCUGUGCAUGAGGGGACAGAAACCAGGAGCUCCAAAAUUAACCUGAAUUGGAGCUUGUCUGAACUGAACAACUUUGUAUGUCAAAGCUACCCACACAUCAGCCUAAAUCUGGUUGGCUUUGAACUGGCAAGAGCUGGAAAAGGAAGAAAGGUAAAAAAAUUACAGGUGAAUUCUGUGAGGGAGCUGAAGGAAAAGGUUGGCAAAAGCAGACUCUACAUUCUACCACGAGCAGAUGUGUCACAGGAAACCUACUCAACCUCAGCAAUGUCCAGGAGUUUGCUUCCAGAACCAUCAACUGCACCAGAAGUACAGGAUGUCUCUCCAGAGGCUGAGAGUACCAACAGACAACAUUUGGGGGAAGAGCAGGCACUUCUAGAUUGGCGAUCUCUGCGGUCCCAGCAAGACGAAGAGUAUGAAGAGUCUUUGUUAGCAGACCAAGAAAAAGAAAGGAGAAGACAGUGUUACAAGGCCUUGGAGGAAAGACGCAUAAAAGCAAUUGAAGAACGCCAGCAACGGCUGGCGCUAUAUGAAGAACCGUCAAGUGGACUGGUGUUGAAGUUCAAAUAUCCGAAUGGAUUCAUCAGAAAGAGAAAUUUCAAUGUGUCGGACCCAAUUCAGGUCUUGUUUGACUUUGUCGGACAAGAUGAAAUGGCAAGUGAAAUAUUCAGUGUUCAACAAGCAACAUCAUCCACACCAACUGAGAGUACCUCAUCAGGCUCACUUAUGGAUCAUGGCAUAACAACAUCUGCAACUUUGUACGUGCUUUGGAUUUCAACUCUAGAUAUUCAGGAAAAGUGUCCAGUUCAGGCGGAUGGAGUGCUGGAGCAGUCACUGUCUUCUGUCCAAAGUCUACAGACAUCGCUUUCUGACCAAGCACUGACAUCUUUGUCAGGCCAGUCACCACUGGCCCUAACAUCUCCUCAAGUGCUGUCAACCAUGCCCAACUCCCAAGUAACAUCAACUUCGUUCUCCUCCCAGGCAACUGUGUCCCAGCCCUCCACACAAGUACAACCAAUUUUGCCGUCUUCUGAAGUUUCUUUGGUUGCAGCCUCAAGGCUGCCCCUCUCCUCCAACCCUAACCUGACUCCACAGGUGAUGACCAUUGAGGACCAGGCAUCAGCUUCUCCAUUUACUGAGCAACCUAUAAUUCUCCUGGAAGACCAGGAAGAGCCACCUGAGUCUCCACAACAUCCACCAGAGUUGCCUUUGGAUGAGGACAGGAUUUUAGAAUGUAGCCUGCAUGCCUUCAGAAGACGCCGUUUUGAUCCUGCAGCAAAACUGGAUGUUAUUUUUGUGGAUGAAGAGGACAACGCUGAAGGGGCAGUUGAUGAAGGUGGUCCCACACGGGAGUAUCUAAGACUGUUAAUGAGGGCCAUUCAUCAAUCUAAUGUCUUUGAGGGGCAUGAGAAUGACCGCCAUCUAGCUUUGGACACUAGUGCGCUGGAGUCAAAAAUGUACUACUGUAUUGGAAAAAUGAUAUCAGUCUGUUUGGUGCAUGGAGGCAUUGGACCACAUUUCUUCUCUCAAAGGCUGUAUGACCAGAUUUGUGGCACAUUGUCUCAACAUACCCUGGUUGAGGAAGUUGUUAACCAUUCAUUCAGACAGCAGUUGAUCAAAAUUCAGGAUACAAACACAAUCGUGGAGGCAAACGAAGCCAUUAUGCAAGCAGCAGAUACCCUGAGCAUUGUUGGAGCAUUAAGGCGUGUAACUACUCUGGAAGAGAGGGACUCCCUUGUGCAAUCUGCUGCAGACUUCUUUGUAAAUGGCCGAGUAUGCACUGCAUUGCAACAGUUUGUGGAAGGUUUGAAGACUCUCAAUGUGCUAGACGAGAUUCAGAAAAACCCUGCAGUAUUUCAUGAAUUGUUUGUCUGUGAGGAGAAACCACUCUUGGCGCGGGACCUGUACACACUUUUCCAAGUGUGUUUUUCUGUGCAAGGCAGCAAUAAAAGGAGGAUAGAAAAUCAAACCAUAUGCUACUGGAGAGACUGGUUGGUGGAUAUUGAAGAAGGAGAAUGCAGUCCCAUUACCCUUGAAAUGAUACUGGAGUUCGCUUCCGGAGCAUCCACGGUACCUCCACUGGGCUUUCCCCAUCGUCCAAAAAUUGAAUUCCUCCAUGAGGUUAACAGAGUCUUCCCAGAAGCAAAUACUUGCCUGAUAGUACUCCGCCUUCCUUUACACCCAGACUAUGAGUCUUUCACAAAGUACAUGACAGACGGGGUGCUGCAGGCACCUACCUUUGGUGUUGCAUAAUCAGCUAAUAAGUGUAAUAAGCAGUUAUUUUAAAAGAGUUGGAAUGUUUUGAAAAGUUAAGUGUUUUAAAGCAA